CAUUUAAUUCAGUUUUUCCCAUGUGGUCUUGAAUGCAGCACUAGUGAAACGCACGAUCACGUGACUCAAUGUUUUGCUCUUCCUAUCAGGUGCUGUAAGGUGACAUCUCUGUCUGCUGAAACGUCUCUCUAGCCUGCUAUUCUUUAUAAAUCUACUAUGUGGUAACAGCGACACGUUUCAUUCACACGCCGGAGUCACUUGGCUACUGUUACGUUUAAAACUCAAAACGUUAAAUCUGCUAAAUAGGCGUUAGCACGCAGGCUAGCAUCAGCAUCACUAGUGUCGACUAUGGCAGCAGUGGACAGCUUUCAAUUGUUGUACAGAGAAAUUUCUCGAUCAUGCAGCCCUUACUUUGAAACCCUGGCCCUGGUCGGUGCUCUGUACACGGCCAGCAGGGCAGUAAUCCUUCUGAGAAACUGCUGCACUCUGGUCAGGGUGCAUUUUCUGCCAAGGAUGAUCCCGACGAGGAAGAAGCUGAGCCAAAGAUUUGGUGACUGGGCUGUCGUUUAUGGUGCAUCAGAGCCUGUAGCUAAAGCCUACGCGGAGGAGCUGUCCAGACACGGUAUCAGCAUUAUCUUCGUCACUCAGGACCACACCUCUGUCAGAGACACUGCAGCAUCCCUCUCCCAAAGCUACGGGGUGGAAACUGUUGUCGUGCUGGCUGACUUCUCUCUGGACCAGUCCGCCAGUAAAACCAUCAAAGAAGCCAUGAUGGGUAAAGAUAUCGGCUUCCUGGUGAACUGUGUGGAGUCUUUAUCGUCGCCUCGGAGCCUGAUUGAAAUGCCUGAGCAGGGCCUGUUGGACGUGGUGAAUAAAAACGUUGCGGUCGCUACUCUGAUGGCGCGGUUGGUGCUGCCCGGGAUGCUGGAGCGCACCAGAGGAGCUGUGAUCAAUAUAUCAUCUGGUGCUUGCUGCAAACCCCUGCCUGGAAGAGUGACCCUCACCGCCUCCACUGGCUACCUGGAUCAUUUGUCAAGAGCUCUUCACCUCGAGUACAGCGGCAAAGGGAUCUUUGUCCAAAGUCUGACUCCUUUCCAGAUAGCUGCAAGUGAGCAUCAACCAUCAUCAUCAUCGACAGCAUCAUCGAGUCCAGGCUGGUUUGUACCAAAGCCGGAUGUUUACGCCCGCCACGCCAUCUCCACCCUGGGAGUCUGCAACAGGACCACCGGCUACUGGCCUCACACACUGCAGUACGGCCUGAUGAAAUGCAUCCCAGAGUGGAUUUGGGUUCUUGGAUCUCGUGUGCUCUUCAGUUCAAGCUAAGAGCUCCUCCCUUCACUAAAGACUAAACACAGUUUUACUGGAUCUUCAUGUUACUGGAGUCAUGUAGAGAUUUAGGUUCUUCUCCCAUUUGGUUGAAUGUGUUAAACUCUCAGGCUCCGUUGAGGUUGGUGUUUUAUUCUGUUGAUCUGGUGUCAAUAUAUUGGGACCUGCAGUGAAGUUUGCCUGAAAUAAUGAAUGAAUUAAUGAAUAUUAAUAUAUUGCUAUAUGAUCUGACCAAUCCGUUACAUCCUAAAUUGAAGGGAAACUUCUGUAUUUUUCAACCUGGACCCUAUUUUCCCAUGUUUUUGUGACUAACGGGGGAACCGUUUUUGAGUGCUACAUAAAAACUAGCUGGGGCAAUUGCACCUCGUCAAUGAACGUCCAUUAAAAGUGCUUCUUUUUGCCAAGAUCAGACAACAUUAUGGAAAGAAUCCUACAGAGGAGAAGUCUGACAUCUCGAGAGCUGACUUGAAGAGAAAGGUAGAAAUGUUAGUGAGUUUGAGAGUUGGACGACUGAGAAAAGUUUCCUAUGUUGGAGUGCAGAAAGUGAAGCUGUUAUCUAAAAUAUUUUCAAUAUAAUGGCUGAAUAUUUGAAAGAUUUUGACAUAUCAUUCCACAGAUGAUUGGACUCAAUACUAUACCAUUUUAUCAAACUGUUAUUUCCAUUAAAGGACAAAAACAUUGGAUGAAAAACACAGAAGUUUCCCUUUAAAUAUAGAGAGCAUAAGUCUAAUGAAACAUAUCUUAAAGGUGGUCGGACUUGAGGUUGGAAACUGGGUUUGACUUUGAGUUAGGAUUGUUGACUUGGACCAUAAUAUUCUGACAUUAUUUGAUUUGGUGCCUGGACUUUUAUAACAUGAGCCUCCAUGUAGUUUCAGCACUUUCAACUGUUGGGAAUGGGUUAAAACUAGUGGGUAACCAACAUGCAUCAUAAAAGCCUAUUUCCUUAAAUAUGUAAAACCAAAUGUACGAUUAUUUUAUUUUUCUAUGCAUUCAAAAAAAAAGUUGCACACUGAAAUAGAUCUAUACACUGAAAUACAGUUAAGAGAUGAAAAGCCUCACCUCAAAUGUUACAUAUAAAAAACAGUCAGCAAUAAUAAAAUAAAUAUGAUACAAAAUGAUAAUAAAGAUUUUUUAUUUUUUUUAUCCCUAACAUUUCCAGUUCUUUCUGGUUGUGCUGCAUUCCACCAGCACCGGCACACCUACAGUAUCUGGCACACAUAUGAGGAACAAAUGGCCCCAAACCAAACCAAACUUCCUUCAAAGAUAAAGAGAUAAACUGAAAUAAUAACGUAGAAUACUUCCUCCAAAUGUAUUAAUGUGUAAGUGAGCAGAAGCUGCAUUAUGUAACACUAACUAAAGUGACAGUCUGACCAAUAUAACUUGACCAAAACUAGGAAACAGUGUUAUUUAAGGUGAAAAGACACAUUUUUAAUUUAAACUCUUAAUUAUGACCAAAGCAAAGUGUAAAUCUGAAUAUAUUUUUGCAGUGUGAAUAUGCCUUUAGCUUAUUUGGCUUCGUGGUCUGGUCGAAGAGUUCAGAGAUCUGUCUUGUACCCGGCACAAAGCGACACAACUUUGCUAGUUUCAGACCAACCCAGUUGUCAUUUUCACUCCCAGUGCCCAAGUUGCGCAAGUUACUAAAGUACUUGUGCACCCAGGGGCAUGUUGGUCUUAAAAUCAGGUGUGGUCAGAUGAAUUGUUGGCACAGUAAAGUUAUUGAGGAACUGACCAACCUGGUCUAAAGUUAAUGGUGCAGUAUAUUCCUGCUAUUGAAAGGGCGUAUUGUUCAAAUAGUAAGAAAGGUUGGUACACACAGAGACAUGCAUCAGUUCUCUCCUUCUGUUAAACAGUUUAUCGGUGAAUUUUCUCCUACACUGUAAAACCCAACUUGUUGCUUCAACGUAUACCAUUGAAUAAUGACUGAAUACAUAAGCUUAAGCAACAAAAAUAUUGUUUAUUUUUGUUCAAGUCCAACAGACCAGUGCAAUUUUUGUGUAGUGUAGCAAUAGCAUAUUUAGAAAUAUAGUACAUUUCAUAAAUUCAGGUAGCCUAUAGGUAAGUAGACCUUCUGUAAACUAGAAUACUUUGGUUUUUUAAGUAAAACACAAUCCACGCUAGCUAGCACACUAGCCACUAGCUGAACUCAUCAACGCUAGUUGGUGCUCCAGUAUAAUCGGUCUGCCUGAAACUCAUCCAGGGAGAAAUGUUCUGCGGUGCAAAAAUAAGUGUGAUUAAAAUGCGUCAAUUUUUUAACACAAAUCUUUGUUGUAUUGAAAAGGAAAAAUGAGU